AUGGAAGAUGCGGUGCACCGUCAAGGACACCUCGAUGAGGCCGCAAUUCCUGGCACCCUCCAUCUCGUCGACCUCGAGGGAAUGAUACGCGCCAAGCAUGCGUCUGGAACGCAACUCAAAGAUGUUGUUCUUGUGCCAGCUCCGAGUGCCGACCCAGAUGAUCCUUUGAACUGGUCUCCCAGGCGAAAGUUGCUAUCAAUUACUUCUCUCAGCAUGUAUACUUUGAUGGUGGGCAUCGCGUCCGCUGCUAUCUAUAGUGUUUUGGAGCCGAUAUCUGAAGAUACAGGUCUCACUCUUGCGGACUUGAAUGCUGGGACUGGUUAUAUGUUCUUGUUCUUUGGGUGGGGCUGUCUUUUCUGGCAAGCGAUAGCUCUGCAGUAUGGAAAAAGACCGGUUUACCUCUUCUCGAUGUUAGCGACUUUAGGGAUUAUGAUUUGGGUCCCUCAUGCUACUUCUAACGGGGCAUGGAUUGGAAGUAAGAUUCUCCAAGGUUUCGUCGGGGCACCAAUCGAGUCUCUGUGCGAGAUUUCAAUCACAGAUAUAUACUUCACCCAUGAAAGAGGGACUUAUAUGGGACUGUAUGCUUUCAUGUUAGCAGGGAGCAAUUUCCUAGCUCCAGUAUUCGCAGGCUUUAUUAACGAUGGACAAGGCUGGAAAUGGGUCAUGUAUUGGUGUGCUAUCUUCCUAGCCAUUGGAUUCGUCUUCUGUUUUUUCUUCAUGGAGGAAACAAAUUACGAUCGAGCCCCGUUGGAAAUGGUUGCCACACCAGAUGAAAUACCCUCCACAGCAACACCAAAUAAAGGCGAACUCUCAAUAUCAGCAGAUCCAGAGAAAUCAGCAGCCAUCAUCCCCCCAAGCAACGAUGACCCAACACCAGGCGUGAUAGCCUACAAGCCAAAAACAUACAUCCAAAAGCUCUCUCUCCUCGACAAAAAGCGACCCUUCCACCUCUUCCGCAGCAUGCUCCGGCCCCUCCUAUUCUUCUCCCUCCCCUCCGUCGUCUACGCCGGCUUCUCCUACGGCAGCAACCUUGUCUGGUUCAACGUCCUCAACGGCACCGCAUCUCUCAUCCUCUCCGCGCCCCCUUACUCCUUCCCGCCCUCCAUGGUCGGCCUCUCCUACCUAUCCCCGCUCUUGGGGGUCGCAGUCGGGUCCCUGUACUCGGGCCUGCUGGGCGAUCGCAUAGUACUCGCGCUCGCGCGCCGCAAUCAGGGGGUCCUGGAACCCGAGUUCCGUCUCUGGCUGUUCUCCUUAUCGCUGCUGCUCAUCCCCGGCUCGCUGCUCCUCUGGGGCGUCGGCGCAGCCCACCACGUGCACUGGUUCGGCCUCAUUGUCGCCAUGGGCGUCAUUGCGGCUUCGAAUUCCAUAGGCAUCCAGCUUAGUGUUAGCUAUUGCAUUGAUUGCUACAAGGACCUCAGUGGCGAGGCUAUGGUGACGGUGAUUAUCAUUCGCAAUACUAUGAGUUUCGCAAUCGGGUAUGGAGUCACGCCGUGGGUGAAGAACAUGGGGUAUCAGAAUGCGUUUAUCCUGGCGGCUUUUGCGGGGUUGGCGCAGGUCUGCACGUUUCUGGCUGUUGUGAAGUGGGGGAAGAGUUGGAGGUGUGUGACGAAGAAGAGGUAUUAUGGGUUUGUAAAGGAGGGCGAGGGUUUGGGGAUUAGUCAUUAA